CUGACCCGUUUUCCACCUGGGUCAGUUUUGUCCCAAACUCAUCGUCCCAUUCUCCUCUCUCUCACUGGUGUCUCUCGCUGGUAUCUCUCGCCGAAGCAGGUCCACCAGAUCGUCUCAACAAUCGAAGCAGCUCUUCCCCGGUGAACGUCCAUGGCCUCUCGAGACCUCUGCAUCCCUCUGAGGAAGAAACACGGCCGAUUAAUUCAGGGCAGCAUUUUAAUGGUGAAUUCUCAAUGGCUGUAGUCCAGGCUAACAAUUUACUCGAGGAUCAGAGCCAGAUUGAGUCUAGCAAUUUGAGCUUGCAUGAGUCUGGUCCAUGUGGUACUUUUGUUGGUGUUUAUGAUGGACAUGGUGGGCCGGAGACUUCAAGAUUUAUCAAUGAUCACCUCUUUCAGCAUCUCAAGAGGUUUACUUCAGAGCAGCAGUCUAUGUCUGCAGAUGUAAUACGGAAGGCAUUUCAAGCAACAGAAGAGGGUUUUCUCUCUGUUGUCACCAGACAAUGGCCUAUGAAACCACAGAUUGCAGCAGUUGGAUCUUGCUGCCUUGUUGGUGUUGUUUGUGGUGGAUUCCUUUACAUUGCUAACUUUGAUGAUUCCCGAGCUGUUUUGGGGAGAGCUGUAAAGGCAACAGGGGAGGUUCUUGCCAUUCAGUUGUCAUCAGAGCAUAAUGCAUGUAUAGAGUCUGUGAGGCAGGAACUGCAUUCUCUGCAUCCUGAUGAUUCAAAUAUUGUAGUUUUGAAGCAUAACGUAUGGCAUGUGAAGGGCCUUAUACAGGUUAUCAUUUUACUGCAUAAGUAUUUGAUAGUAGUAUUGCUUGUAGGAAUACACGUAUUAUGGCAUCUUUUGCCAUUCUACUUCCAUCUACUUUUGUUUGAUAAUAUUAUCUCUUUUUUGUGAUUAACACUGCAAAUGUAUUUUAGAAAUUCGCUAUACCAGUA